AUGCGUUUGAACUUAAGAGAUUUGCCCUUAACUCUUCCAGGUACAAUAUCUAAGAAAGAAAGACCCAGCAAAGUCCAUAUCUCAGGACAAGUUUCACCAACCGCAACUAAACAAAUCCAGCUAAAAAGGGACUUUCCUCAUGGGCAGCAACCAUUGGCCGGCCCACUUCCUGUGUACGUUCCGCCUGUAACGAGGUGGAACAGUGAAAUUAUGCGGCAGGAAAGAGGUGACAACCGCGGAUUUGUGGCGCAACGAACAGCAAGGCCUUCCGCUCAAUCCAUUCCAUCUCUUCCUGGCGUGAGCUCGAAAGUGACUCGGUUCCACCACAGGGGUGCUGAAAAAACGCAACCAAGGGAAAAAAAUAAACCUGUUUUGCCUGAUAUUAUUAAUUCAACAAACGGUAAUGAAAGCUGGUAUGUUGCAUGACUUGUAUAAUGGUGUGGUCUAUAGAGUUUAAAUCAGUUCCUUACCACUCGUUUAAUUGUACCCUUCUAAAUCCUUCGAAGGAAAUUGGAGCGGAGAAAAGAGAGGGCACUAUAUUAAAUGAAAACUGACCAUAAAUUUUCAGUUUUAAAUGCGACUUUGUUUAGAGUAGAAUUGAGACUGAAAAAAAUUUGGUGAAACCUGGUUUGAGCCGUCACUAACGGAACUCAAGCAAGUGUUUGACUUUAUAGAGGAUGUCCGCUGAAACAGAUUUAGUCAAUCAGUUGCGCAACAGUGGCUAAUCCCCAAAUAAUACAGAAUAUGUAAUCACCAGCAUCGCAAAUUUGGUCCUGGAUAAAUGAAAAAAGCCCUUUAUUGAAAAAAAAAAAUGUUUUGAAUGUAAAAAAUGUAGUCUUGAGCACUUAUCGCUUCAAAGAAAUGCUACCAUUUUAUGUCCACUUUAAUGUAGGUUUUAUGUAACAAUGGGGGUUAAUUUUGGCGUGCGCAUGUGCUUAAUAGAGGAGUUUACUGUUUAUAGGUUUAUUUUACGCCAAGUAUGAGGAAAACAGUUAAGAACUUUUGCCAGUGUUCGCUUUAGACAGUGUGUCUGCUUAAUAUGGGGUCCACUACAGGUUUAACAGAAAAGUAAAUCAAGUAAUGAGGACCUUGGGCAAACCACGACGGCGACGGCAACGAGGACAUGGAAAAACAAAAGAUCUGAUUGGCAGAACAAUAGCUCAGCACGUGCGUUUUAAAAAUUUGUACAUUUCUUAGUCGUCCUAUGCAAAACAACAACGUGAAAUCACCACAAUUUGCGUCGUCUGCGAACUGAAACCGCGACGGCAAAUUAUUUUAAUUUCCAUUUGGAACUCAACGCUUCUUUUAUACGUUAUGCUGAAGUUGAGAUGUGGCGCCGUAUGAGACGGUAGACAGAAAGGCAGAAAUUCAUUUUUCAAUCGAAGUUUUCCUUGGUGUUGCCGUCCUGACUGCUUAAGGUCCCUAAUGUGGAGUUAUUCGAAAGGAUGAAACCAAAUUUUCGUAGGCAGAAAGGCAGAGAGGCCUUUCAAACUUCGCCUUUUUUCCCUAAAAGUAAUUUUUUAACCUUUAGGGGAAAGCCACGAAGGGCAGGCUAAUAAUUUCCAGAAGAAAAGUUCAACUACCAAACAAAGACAAAAUCGUCACCAAUCAACGUCUGCGAGUGACCAAAGCUCGGCUGGGAAUGGAGGUGGAGGUCUUGGUUCUAUAUUGAAAGGAGCAAACGUUCAAGGUGCUGUUGUAGAGAAGGGAAUUGAAGUGAUGGGGAAGCUAGUGGAUAAACAGUUACAGAUCAUCGAUGAAGCACAAGAGAAGGCUGAAAAUUUCUUAAAAAAGGAGGUUUGACACCUUUAUCUGAUUUCAUCACAUUUCUCUACCAACUGGAGGUGGAUUUAAUGGAUUGGGGGGAAGGCUUAAUCGAAGAUAGUGGGAAGGGGGAGUUUCCUCUUUUUUCCAUUAUUUACUUCGAAGAGCUUUUUAACCUAACCGUCCUUCUAAGAUAUUAUGCAAUCUGGGUUUCAUUUUACUUCAUUUUCAGAGUUUUCGUUGUCUCAAAUAUAUAUUGUGUUAACAGACGUAAGAAACUUACUGCUAUUCAAAUCAGAGAGCCCUUUGGGCCAGUCAUUAGUAAAAACAAGAAAAAGAAAAAUGCUAUUCAUAUAACUCGCCGAAAAAACCUAAUUCCAUUCCUUUCAGGCUUCGUAGUUAGGCAGAUCGUAUCAAAACAUUUUGAGUACUUUCCGAACUUGUACUUUUAGUCGGCGUUCUCUCGGAAUUUUGCAGGAUCACCUCUGAGUUCUUUUCAAUAAAAAUUCUGUUUUAGCAUCUUUAAAAGUUGAGCAAGGGAGACUACUUAAAUGAUAAUUUAGGUCGUUCAGCAACAUUGUUGGGGAAAUCCAAGCGAGGAUAUUGGCUGGUUGGCAGCCAAAGGUGGUGUCGUUUUUUGUCAGUUCUCCCUAAGAUAAGACAACAUAUGAUGAACUAAGACACUUAUUUCAACACAGUGUUGAUAAAUUAAGCAGUAACCGUGGAAUAUUACUAACUUGCUAUCCCAACUUUGGCAGAUAAAGUUAGACAUCGUACCCGAUAAAUCCUGGCACACUGAUGAUAUGUUCAUCCCAGCCGGUUACCACAUGAACUCACACAUCUCCAGUGAAGACAGCGCUCCCAAGGAAGUCGGUGAGCCACCCUAUACCUACCCAGCAGGCGUUGGGAACGUGUUAAUGAAUGGCUGUUGGGGCACUGGGUACCAAGAGGGAGAUCCUUGCUACGCUGCUCGGUGGAAAUUAGAAGCAUGCUUGGUAUGGUAGUAGUUCUGUUUUCUUCAUAGCAACAGUUGGUUCUGACUUUGCAAAAGCCAGGAACUCUAUCUAUACCAAAGUCAUCAACGCUGUAGAUGAAAUAGAAAUUUAGUUGUGCUAUUUACCAGCAAUCUUAUGAUUCAGGUGUGGACAUAUCUCCCAUAAUUUCGCUCUCACUCGACUGAUUAAGGGGCCAACAUGUCGUUGCUUUCGUGUCUCACUUCUGCAGAACUUGAUUGACGGCGCGGCAUUUAUGGGUGUUGGAUUUGACGGGCGUGGUGAGUACAGCCCCGAAUCAAGAAAAAUGAGCAUCGUGCAGCGAAACUGCGCUGGGAAAGCAACGUAAGUAUGAUAUUGCUCUCUUUGUUAGUGCUCUGCCUCUAUUAUCCAGAUUGUUAUGGGUUUUUUGUUUGAACAUGAAGUGGUACUAAGCACGUUUGAUAACAAUGCUACUGUUUGGACUUAAAAACUCUGCUUACUUUCAUGACAGUCUGCUCCCAGUUGGCUUUAUAGCUCAGUCUAGUGCUACAACAGUAUUGCAGAGCAGUCAUGGGUUCGCACCCCGUUGAGUCCGAUUGUUUUAGGUUAUGUAUUCACGAUUACUGUACGGGCGUGUUUAAAUGCGGUGACUUCUGUUAAAAUCUCAAAACUCACUCUAACUGAUUUUGUUGGUUUUAUUUUUUAAGAUACGAUGAUUACGAUGUCCCUGACACAAUGAACGUUCAUGGCAUCUACGACACCAAAGCGUCCAUGGUGACCUUUGAGAGCCGCAGUGAGUUUCAGAAAUACUUACAGGAAGAGGCUGGGGUGUCUGGGUCGUACUUUGGCUUCUACGCGGGCGUCAAGGUGGGUUGGGGCGAGUCAGAGACUCAAGCCAGCCAGAAAUAUAUGGCUCUCCUACACGUUGACAUCAACAGGUACAUAAAAACGUUGUUCGAUUGUUAUUUCCCUUUACUUUUGUGGUUUAAAGUUGUUCCAUCAUUAUUAUAUAAGUAUAGCACUGGUGGCGGAUCCAGAGAGAGGGUCCGGUGGGUUCGGAUUUUCGCGCGUUUGAGGCAAUUUACUUGUUUUUCAUUUCUUCCCCUCAGCAUCUCGUGAUUAUGUCUUAUUUUGUAUUCUGAUUGGCCGUUGUUGUUGCAUUUCGUUUAUGACGAGAGGAAAUCCGACCUGCGAUCGUAAGUUGUUUGGGGAGCAACUCCUAUCUUCCGGCCCCCGACUUCGUUUCUUUAACAGGUAUUCUUUUAUUUUCGACUCUCAGGUAUGAGAUUUUUAUAGACGAAGUAAAGCCAAAGGACUUAAGUGCGUCGUUUCUGAAAGAAUUUAUGGCCCUACCGACCUCUUACUUUGCGGCAGGAGCGCCCAUGAAGUAUUGUAAGUGUGUUUUUCAUGUUUGCUUUUGUAUUUAAUUAAAACGUGACAUUUGGUUGUCAUUAACUUUCCUUAGGAGAUAAACUAUAGUUUUAACUUUUAAGUUAAAACUCAAUUGAGCAUUUUUGUGGUUAGGUCACAGUAAAGAAUGUAAGAGUGUAUGCCCGCAGUGUAUGUAUGAUGUUCUCAAUACACUACCCACAUGUACGCUUUUCGUGCCUGUUUUUGUUAAUUGUUUUUGCGUUUUGAUCAAUUUUUGUAGUGGACUUCAUACAGAGAUGGGGCACUCACUACAUCAAGUCUGCUAAGUUUGGAGGCCAGCUCCAGAUUCGUAAAUUCAUGGACGCAAGUGACGUUUCCAGUAAGAAAGAGUUCGCACGAGAAAUGGAAGUGGAAUACAAAUCCUUGUUCGCCAGCGUUGGAGCAAAGGAAAGUAGAAGAGAGGGAGAAUCGUUCAGGCAACAGGCAAAAACAACAUCGACGACGAUUCUUGCCAUGGGAGGAAGUCAACAAAUUGCUUCUAUUUUAUCCGACGCAUAUUCGCCAGCUUUUAAGAACGAGUUUAAGGAUUGGCUUGCAUCAAUUCCUCAAUAUCCAAAGCCGUUUGAGUUUCAGAUGGCUUUAGUUACAACUCUUCUUAACUUCCGACUUCACGAUUUGUUUCCCGAAGAGAGAAGUAACUGGGGAUGCGAAGGAAAUGCUGCAGAACUCAAAGAAGAGAUCUCAGCAAAUGAAGACAGGUUAAAGUUUUAUGAAACGGUAGACUCCAACGGGACAGUUCAGAAGUACUAUUGUAAGUUUGAUAGCCGAAAGUCUCUGGAGGAGGCAAUUACAAGGAGAAGAAUCAGCUUGACCAGAGCCAUUGAAGUCUACAUGAAGGAGGUCAGUGACACACAAACCUCCAACAUUUUAUGAGGAUUGCAUGCUUUAUAGGAUUUAAUGGAUACACAGUGCUGUGUGAAAGUUUUUAUCACAGUGACUACCAUUUUUCUCAGUUUCUUCACGAAUUAAUCACUUCCACCCCAUAUUAGAGUAGUAUCAAGACAACUCGAGGAAACAUUUUUCAAUUGCUGUUUAUUUAUUCAUUUAUUUAUUUAUUUGGUAAGGGCCCGAAUUCGAUUACGGACAUUCAGUUACCACCAUGCAAUAGAGACAGUCAAACAAAACCCGGAGCUGCACAACCGGAAACAACAGACCAAGCCGAUGAAGCAGUAAAACACAAAAAAGUGGUCGGCCUUAGCUGGCAGCAUAUCACAAAAGACAAAGCGUUAUUCCGAGUUAUCUUUGACAUGAGAAACGAUUUGAAAGGUACCAAGGACUUCAGUGACAUUCCGAGAAAUAUGAGUCGUUUGGUUCGCUACAAAAACGGAAAAUGGUUCACGGCUGAAAAAGAUGGCUCUUUUCACCUCUACAAUGCCUUCAGAAAUGGAAAAAGCGGCGAUCCUCAACAGCAUAAAAUAUCUAUUCUUGGUCUCGUGCUUUCCUUCAAUCCAAACACCGGCGGGCUGACCCUUUUGUCACGUGAUUUUGAAGCGUCGAGAGUGUUUUUCCCAAACCUUCACGAUACACUGGCAGGAAAAGAGCUGGGGCGAGCCGUUUUAGAUUCGAGUAUCUCCGAGUCUGGUGCUUCAAAGCGUGAAACCUUAGCUGACCCUCCCUGCAAUGUCAAGUGGUCAAAUGCUCUCCGGUUUGAUCCUACUGAAGCCAAAGGGAAGUGUCUGCAUUUCACAGCCUCUAGUGAGGGAAACAUUUUUGUCGUGUUUGCAACUUUACCGAUCGAUAAGACCUCUUGGUAUUACAUUGAAAUUACACCUCAGAAAGUGGCUAUUUACAAGGUAAUGAUCAAUGAAUCUACGCAAAUAUGUCUCCUUUUAGAGUCAUUCUAAGCAAGAUAAAUUUAAAAACAGCAUUUUAGUCAGAAAACAUGGCAAAUGUCCUCCGAAAAAAUUACGCCAAAUUAAGUUGAAAAUGAAACUACCUUUGGCGAUUGAAACCCUUGACGUAAUCCAUGGGCAUGCGCACACUACAGGGCUAAUCAGUAAUUGUACCAUUAAAGUACAAAAGUAUUUUAAGAAAAUACUAUCUUCAACUCGUUUUCUGCUCAUACCAAAACUCAAAAGUAGCGUUUGCACAUUCAUCCAGUUUAAAGAGCGUUUUCAAAAACCUUCUCUUUUUCUGUAAACAAAUUAUCCAGAAAUAAGGCGCGCGGAGUAUAUAGGGUGAGAUCGAAUAGGAAAAAUAACGCACACUUUCUAUUAUCAGGGACUCGUACUUAAGACCUCUACGACAAACAUCAAUGCGAGAGGGCUGGGCGACCCAAACCUGCUUCAGUCAUACUUUGUGUGCGUCACCGAGUCCGAGUCAAGCACACUUAUUGAAUAUGGUAAAACACUGGGAACCACUCAAAGUGGUGACGUGUAUCUCAACAUGCUUGACCUGGAAAAGCCGCUGAAUGCUCGCUUUUACGCAUUUGGGAAUGGAGACAAGAAGGCUGACGUCAUUGAUGCACACAUAGUGGCACGUGAUCAAACAAAAGCCGAGUGUAAAGGCGACACGUUUAUCGACCUGACCACAAGGCUGUGCACGCAAGAAUGUCACGAAGACUGCGAUCCCUUAUACGGUAAUUUAUCUCGUACCUAUCUUCGGCUGAUUUUACCUUGGAAAUUAUGACGCUAUGUCAUGCAGAUUCCGUUUCAGAAAGACAAAUAAAUGAGAUCUGAAGUAUAGUAACCAACAUGAAGUGAAAUCCGUGGUAUUACAUGGAGCUGUCCCUAUGCCCUUUGCCUGUUUAGGUAGGGGGUUGUGACUGGAAGUUGAAAAUUAGUUGGGAAACCGUAUUAUACAAUCGUUUCAGCCAUUAGCUAGCUAUGUUUAUUUUCAAGAAUUUCACCGAUAUCUUUUCUUUCCUCGCUCCCCGUCGUUUUCGGUAUCCCCUUUAAAUUUUAUUCCCGACUAUCUAGAAUUUAAAACUAAUUUAAAAGUUAAGGAGGAUAUUUUUACUUUACUCAUCACUCUUCUCAAAACCGAUAAAGAGACAUAUUUUAUUACAUGGGGCUUUAAGCUGGUUCUUUUUAUUCAUUUUUCGAUUAUUUUAUUUUCAGGUUGUAACACAUUGUCUUCGGGGAAUCCUUUACCGACUGAGUGCAAUGUUUGUCGAGUAGCCAAAGAUAAGAAUACCGGCAGCUGUCUUCCAGAGUGUCCCCCGGAAAAAUUUCUCACAGCUGAUAAGCUGUGUGUCGACCUCAGUUGUAAGUAAAGAGGCCGAUGCCAUUUAAAAGAGCUAUUUUCAACUGAGAGUAAAGUAUUCCGGGAUUGCACGAAGUUUAAUUUCUUUCGUAACUAAAAUAGCUACGGUCCGUGCGAGACGACUCCUUUAGGGAAUAACCAGACAGUAGCGUUACUGACACAAGCCUCACUUGAAGGCUUAGCAAGGCUUUGCCCUAGGCAAGCCAGGGCAAACAGGAAAAAAGACGCCAAAAAAAACACCGGUAGCGUGAUUUCCAGGCUGAGAUGAAGAAAUGGGACCAUGCCUGGACUACACUCAAAGGGUAGCCCAGGAAAGAACGAGGUGGGAAAUUCAAUUCCGAAGAGCACAAAGAUGCUACUAAGUUUGACGUAACACUCUUUAAAAGAAAGAUAUGACGUUUAUGCUGAUUGAAUGAACUAAAACUGUUUCAAAAUUCUAGUGGAAACAGGCUGCUCAUCUCAAUACAAACCUACAAAUCAAAACCUUUGUAACAGAAUGGUUUCAAUAACAAAACAAGUUUACAACAGAAUUCGAAAGCACCUGAGCAAUAACAAUAAUACAAUUAUUCGCCUCAGGCUCGGGGAAAAUUUUUUAAUAACCCCCUCGACUUCAUCUUGGGGAUUGUUCACCAAUAUUCACUUCGCCUUUGGCGAAUGAUAAUUAUACAACUGACUAUGUGAGGGGAUAUUAUAAUUUUAAAACAACCUAAUCAAUGACAAAACUGUUUCCUAGAUAAUUCUCCGCCGUUACCGGAGUUAAUGAGUGUUCUUUUGUAUUCGCAUUAUAGCAACUUAUGACAUGGAGUUCCAAACCGAGGACAACGCCCUAAGGGCGACUGUCAGGGAGAUACCUGAGUUACAAGCUUUAACCCUGUGCUUUUGGAUUCGUCUUCCUCAAGGUUACAAGACAACACGUUUUGCCUACCCCAUAAUCGAUUACAAAACUGGAAGCAAUAGACUUGAAACAGUCACGGUGUACUUGUCUGAAAACCAUGAGACAAAAGAUAUCAAACUGGAACUGACCUUUAUAGUAGGAGGAGGGGAAACGUAAGUGGAAAGAUUUCUUUUCGAUGCACAAACUUGCUUGCAUUGAAUACUUUAUGUACCCAAAGUAGCAGUCGAAAAUCCCAUAUUUGAAGAAGAAUGCAGAGCAGAACGGUGCGAUCCUCAGUCCGCAAAUCUUAGGUCUUUUGUACAGCACAGUAGAGGAGUGACCUAUUUUAGCUCUUAGCAGAAAGCAUUAUUCUCGAGCGGAAAACUGGGGUUCAGUAUAAUAGCGAGCUCAAUAGGGAAGAGUUUCCAGAGGCAGAUAGCAAUCUGGGAUUCAGAGUUCUUUGAAUUCCCUGGCGCAUAAUUUUUUUUGUAACAUUUUUCUUAAAAAAGAGCACUUUACAACUGAUUGCUAGCGAUCAACAUUUAUCAAGAGUGGCCGCAUCCGCCACACAAUCGAAGUCCGAGGCGAAAGAGCGUCUUCGCGUCUGUGUCGUUUACAACUUUUCAUCCUCGUUUGGCAACAUUGUACCCUCGACAUUGAUGAUCCUAGCGGUACACAGUACGCGUGUCGCAAGUGAAAAUAGUAUCGCCUUAAGUCACCAACGAGUUCUCUGCUUUUCAGCGAUGGAGGUCUGAGACUCGAAGCCUCGUGAGGGAUGGUAAGCUCGUGUCAAAAAAGGAAUGCAUUCGUUCUUUAGAUGUCGAUCGAGCUCGAAAUCGAAUUUUCUCAUCAAUCCUAGAAAUUUGCAGGAAGCCACACAUGAACCUUGUAUACUAGCCUUUCUCGCUCAAAGGCUGGAGAUCUUUAUACUUUUUAUUUACCGUCUCCCUUCUUUUCUCUUCCCUUGCUGCGUUACCAAUUAUUAAUUUAUGUAAUGUAUUAAUCCAGGUUACCAGUAGACGUCUUAUCAGAUCAAAACUGGCACCAGAUCUGCAUUUCGUGGGCAGGCCACAGUGGGGUGACCAUACAGUACCUAGAUGGUGUGCGCAAGGUGGCCGACACUCGACACAUAGGAACCUUGGAGGGUGGUGGAAGGCUGACAGUCGGUCAUCACACAGAGUAUGUUUAUCAAAUAACUGGCUUACAUCUCUGGGACAAGGUGAUUCCUCCCGAAGAGAUCGCUGAGUUUGCCACAGCGUGUGAAAAAGGAAAUGGAAACGUAAAAACCUGGGCAGAUUUUUACGAUCUUGCGGUGGAAGAAAAAAUCAAAAUUAACACGCCUUCAAAUUGUCGGGUGAGCCCAAGUGAUGCUCAGUAAAAAGUAUGGAAAAUCUUAGCUUAUAUUGUCCCAGGUCACAUUCAGAAUAAAAGUCAUUUGACGUCAUG